AUGGAGAGGUUGGAAUCGGCGCCGGCGACAACGCCGGAGGAGGUGAAGUAUGUCAGCUGGGAGGAGGUGAAUGCGAGGAGAGAUACAGGGAGGGCAGAGGUUCGAUAUUACCUGAGCCGGAACGACAGAGGUACGGAUCUUGCUGUCGUUGGCAAAGAGAAGAGCUUGAGGCAUAUUUCUUACCGCUACGGCAACCGGAUUCGUUCCCUUUCCGUUUCUAUGGGUCCGCUGUUGAAGCUCGGGACCAGGCGUGAGGUUGUGGAUUGGCUCAACUCGAUUGUUUCAGAUUCAUCGCAGCAACAGUCAUAUGUAUCAGCAAGAUCUCUUAGCAGCAGUUAUGCCUGUGAAUCAGAUGUUUUGAAUAUCGAGGUUGAGCUCACUUUGACUUUGACAUAUGGGGAUCAUUUUCGUGGAUGGGCUCCCCUUGGAUGUGCCGGAGAAAAAGAAAACACUUUCCAUAGAAAUGGUGUUAAAAUUUCCGUGUAUGAUUUUGUGUACGUUCUAGUUGAGGAAGGAAAAAGACUUGUUGCAUACUUGGAAGAUAUGUAUGAAGAUUCAAAUGGCAGUAAGAUGGUUGUGGUACGAUGGUUUCAUAAAAUUGAUGAGUUCUCAGCACUUCCAGAAGUUCCAGAGUGUGGCAGCACAUACUAG